UGGAGCGAUAGGACGACAGGUAUGUUUUCAUGUGAAUAUUCUAGGCCUUCCCUGCAGCGGAUAUGGGUCAAUUCGCCUAGCAAAUUGUGUUAAGAACAUACAUAUUGCGAAAUAGAACACCCGAAAAAUGUUCGGCCGUUCAAGGAGCUGGGUCGGAGGACAGGGGAAGUCCAAAAACAUUCAUUCUUUGGACCAUUUGAAGUACAUGUACCACGUCCUAACAAAGAACACAACAGUGACUGAUCACAACAGAAAUCUGCUGGUGGAAACUAUUCGCUCCAUUACUGAGAUUCUCAUCUGGGGUGAUCAGAAUGACAGCUCUGUCUUUGACUUCUUUUUGGAGAAGAACAUGUUUGCAUUUUUCCUCAACAUACUACGGCAGAAAUCCGGACGGUAUGUGUGUGUCCAGCUUCUGCAAACGCUCAACAUCCUUUUCGAGAACAUCAGUCAUGAGACUUCUCUCUAUUAUUUGCUGUCCAAUAAUCACGUUAAUUCUAUCAUUGUACAUAAAUUUGACUUCUCUGAUGAGGAAAUUAUGGCCUACUAUAUUGAAAUUAUGGCCUACUAUAUCUCCUUUUUGAAAACGUUGUCUCUGAAACUCAACAACCACACAGUGCACUUCUUCUACAACGAGCACACUAAUGAUUUUGCCCUGUACACGGAGGCCAUUAAGUUUUUCAACCACCCAGAAAGCAUGGUCAGGAUCGCGGUCAGGACUAUCACACUCAAUGUGUACAAAGUGGACAACCAGCACAUGCUACACUACAUCCGGGACAAAACAGCCGUGCCGUACUUCUCCAAUUUGGUCUGGUUCAUCGGCAGCCAUGUCAUCGAGCUGGACAAGUGUGUGCAGACUGAUGAAGAACAUAAAAACAGAGGAAAACUCAGCGAUCUGGUAGCUGAGCACCUGGACCAUCUUCACUAUCUGAACGACAUCCUCAUCAUCAACUGUGAGUUUCUCAAUGACGUGCUGACCGACCACCUGCUCAACCGCCUCUUCCUUCCCCUAUACGUGUACUCUCUGGUCAGUCAAGAGCAGGCUGAAGAACGCAAGAUCAACCCUCAGGUGUCUCUCUACCUGCUGUCACAGGUGUUCCUAAUCAUCCACUACCAGCCGCUUGUCCAUUCCCUGGCUGAUGUCAUUCUGAACGGAGACCUGUCAGUGUUCACCCUGCAGACUGAGCAGAGCGCUCACAAAAGUUCAAGCAAUGCCCGUGUUCGUCGCUUCACCAAGCCCACAGAAAGUCUGGAGCGUUCUCUGGAGAUGAGUCGUCACCGUGGGAAGAAGAGGACCCAGAAAAGGCCCAACUACAAGAAUGUGGGCGAGGAAGAGGAGGAAGAGCGGGGAUCAGAGGAAGGGCCAGAAGAAGAGAAGGAAAAGGCUAAAGAAAUUGAGAUGGUGGUGAUGGAAAAAUGUAGGAUCUCUGAAGUGUCCACGUUGACUGAACAGAACAUUACAGACGAGGAGAAGAGCGCGGCACGAUCUGAAGGACAAAAGAGCAGGCCCUUUCUGGACAUGUUGUAUAAUGCACUGGACUGUGACACAGAGGAUUACCAGGCUCUGUUUGUGCUUUGUCUCCUGUAUGCCAUGUCUCACAGUAAAGGUAUAAACCUGGAGCUCUUAGAGAGGAUCCAGCUAUCCAUGCCAAAUCAAGAGAGGAGCUCUUACAGUCAGGUGUUGGUGGAAAGAGUGAUCCGAAUCAUGAGCCAGGCUGCUCAGCCAGAUGGAAAGAUGCGUCUUGCCACCUUGGAGUUAAGCUGUCUGCUUCUGAAACAAUCUGUACUGUCUGGCUCUCAAUGCAUUAUAAAGGACAUUCAUUUGGCCUGUUUGGAGGGUGCCCGAGAAGAGAGUCUUCACCUUCUAAGGCGGUUUUAUAAGGGGGAGGAGAUUUUCCUGGACAUGUUUGAGGAUGAGUACAGGAGCAUGAUGAAUAAGCCGCUAAAUGUGGAGUAUCUUAUGAUGGAUGCAUCCAUUUUACUUCCUCCCACUGGCACCCCCCUUACCGGCAUUGACUUUGUGAAGCGAUUGCCCUGUGGAGAUGUCGAGAGAACACGCAGGGCUAUACGUGUGUUCUUCAUGCUGCGCUCGCUGUCCCUACAGCUGCAGGGAGAACCAGAAACUCAACUACCUCUCACCCGACCAGAGGAUCUCAUCAAGACUGAUGAUGUGCUUGACCUCAAUAACAGUGAUCUUAUUGCUUGCAUGGUGGUGAGUAAAGAUGGUGUUCAAGCUCAGCGCUUCCUGUCUGUGGAUGUGUACCAGAUGAGUCUUGUGGAACCAGAUUCAAAACGUCUUGGCUGGGGGGUUGUCAAGUUUGCUGGCCUUUUACAGGACAUGCAGGUUUCAGGAGUAGAAGACGACAGCAGGGCUCUGAACAUCAUCAUACACAAGCCCACGUCUAACCCUCAUGCCAAGCCUGUGCCCAUCCUGCAGGCUAACUUUAUUUUUGCGGACCAUAUACGCUGCAUCAUCGCCAAACAGCGACUAGCCAAGGGCCGCAUCCAGGCCAGACGCAUGAAAAUGCAGCGGAUAGCAGCUCUAUUGGACCUUCCUGUUCAGCCUUCCACAGAGGUGCUGGGCUUCAGCCAACCAUCUGUUGCUGCGUCUCUGCCAUUUCGCUUCUAUGACCAGUCCAGACGCGGCCCAGCCUUCGCCUCUGUAGAUAAAGUUCCAGGUUUUGCAGUUGCUCACGUUGCCCAGCACAACCCCACAUCAGCCGCCUCCACCUCACCCACCUCUUGUGGCCCCACCGGCCCCUCUGACUCUGUCACAACCAGCAGCUCAUCCGCAUACACCGUCACACAGAGUCAAACAGGACUCACCCUGGCGCCUAGCCUCACCCCUGCACCGCAACCCACCAUCUCCCUACUGUCUGACAAUGAUGCUGAAACACUGAGCGUGGACUCCCUGACCCUGUUGCCCCCCGCUGACCCGCCUCGCCUGCGCUCCUUUAGCACCCAGUCCUCCGUCCAGGAUGACGCCUCUGCAGACGGAGAAGAGACGGCGGUUGCUGGCCGAAAGGAAGACGACGACACGGGAGCAACGGACUCACAGUCUCAAGACGACAGGAAGGAUAUUCCGAUCAUUCCAGAGGAAGAUGAGCCAUCUCCUGAGUCUAGGCCAUUACUUAGUGUGGAAACUGAGGAUUUGACACAGAUUCAGAGGGAGGAACCUGUGACUCAGCCCGAGACAGACUCUAUAGGCGUCACGGCCGACCAAGAGGACAACCCAGACCUGGAGGAGGAGACGGCGAUAGACUGAAAUGUCUAGUGCUACUAAAAUUAAAAACUUAAAUGUACUGAAAAAAUUAGGACCAGGUUACAAAAGCAAGAAACGCAUGUUAAUGUUGAUUACUCAAUGUGAGCAUGACCGAUUCUGGUUUUGCACAAGCUAGUUAAGCUAGUUUGCACAUACUUUCAGCUUUGGUGAUUCAGGCCCUCAAUUGUAUCUUUGUGUAUUUGCCGACUGUGUCAAUACAGCGGUUACCAGUACUUCUCCUUACAUCAAGACCAUGAUGCAUUUCAGAGGAAAAUGGCACUCUUAGAACAAUGACAUUAUUGUGUCACGAGUGCUGCUUAAAGCACAGUCUUUUUUCUGUCGUGCGUUAUUCUUUCUGCUCUGGUGCUGAGGUGAUCCAGCUGUUUCUCUGCAUGUGUGACUGUUUUGUGAUUGUGUGCAAAUGUUAGAGUGUGUGCGUGAAUGGUUUUAUGAUACUGAGCAGAUGGAGAGGAGAGGGCAUGUUUGUAUAAAUCUGUAGUGGGUUAGUGGGGAAAGCCCGCUUGAUUUUAUCAGUCUUAACACUGAGGAAUGUACAAAGACUUCUGGGUCUAUCCAGCGGUGCUCUUUUCUGAAGGUAUAUUUAGUUUUGGCUGAACAUUCAUUUUCACUUCAGCGUUUUGAAAAAUGCCCUUUUGUGUCAUUCUUUGGAGAUUGUAAGGAACAGAUAUGAGCUUAAAGUAACCCGUUUUAAUUCAUCACUUCAUUUAAGAUCAUUCAACUCAUGAACUCUUGCUCCCAUCAAGCCUUUUUGUAUAAAAAGCACUGACUCACUUAUAUCAGUCACGUUUUUUCAUCAGGUGAACAAACCUGAUGUCAUCGAGUUUCAUUCCUAAGCGUUUAUGUCACUGCCGUACCUGCACGCAUUCGUUUUCUUUCUGGAACAUUUUGAAAUCUGCCGACACACAGGAUGAAUAUACCUGUUUUCAUUCACGUAGUUACUGCUUUAAGUACCACUAAAGUGGUCUCUUUGCUUUUUAAAGCUGAGGCAACUUACCCAUAUUUUUAGGUGUGUUUUAACAUUCUUUAACACUUAAUAUUCCAGAGGUCAAGAGCUUGUGCUGGACACACGUAAUCAAAGCUGGGUGUGAUGUAUUUGUGGUUUCGUUUUACUUUGGUGUGCAAUAACAGUUAUUCAAGACUCAUUUAUUUCACUUACAGAUUCAAGUAGUUGGACUACCGUCACUAAUGGACUGAAAUGGAAAAUUAAUUUUCGGUUUAUAGACUGUAGCACAUAGAAGGGAUCCACACACUCUUGCGGUGUGGCACAGAUGCAAAUAUGUGGUAACCGUGACCCGGCGCUUUUCUUUCCAAAGAAAAGCACUCCGCUUUAAGCUUUAUCGGCGGAGUUCGUAAAAUAUUACCUUUAAAGCAAUAUGAUUAAUUCUGCAUAUAUUCGUAUUUUGAGGUUAAAUUCAUUGUCCGGGGGGGGGGUUUACUUCAUAGUUUGUACACAGUGUAAAGAUUUGUUUUGAACUAAUGUUAUAAAUAAUUUACCUACUGGAGCUAUAAAAG